CAAGGUGAGCCAACCAUGACUGGCAAAACACAGACCAGCAAUGUCACCAAUAAGAAUGACCCCAAGUCCAUCAACUCCCGUGUUUUCAUCGGCAAUCUAAAUACAGCCAUUGUCAAGAAAGUUGACAUUGAAGCCAUAUUCUCAAAGUACGGAAAAAUAGUUGGAUGCUCAGUUCACAAAGGUUAUGCGUUCGUACAGUACAUGAGUGAGCGGCACGCGAGAGCUGCAGUGGCUGGAGAAAAUGCCAGGAUCAUCGCCGGCCAGCCACUUGAUAUCAACAUGGCAGGAGAACCCAAACCAUACAGACCAAAACCUGGAAACAAGAGGCCCCUUUCUGCACUUUAUAGACUUGAGUCAAAGGAGCCUUUCCUGUCUGUUGGUGGUUAUGUCUUUGACUAUGAUUACUACAGAGAAGAUUUCUACAAUCGGUUAUUUGAUUACCAUGGGCGUGUGCCCCCACCUCCACGUGCAGUAAUUCCACUGAAGCGCCCCAGAGUGGCCGUCACAGCGACUCGCAGGGGUAAAGGAGUCUUUUCCAUGAAAGGGGGAUCAAGAUCUACCGUCAGUGGGUCAUCUUCAUCAGGCUCCAAAUUGAAGUCAGAUGAGUUACAGACAAUCAAGAAAGAAUUAACCCAGAUCAAAACGAAAAUUGACUCCUUGCUAGGGCGCCUGGAGAAAAUUGAGAAGCAGCAGAAGGCGGAGGCAGAAGCUCAGAAGAAGCAAUUGGAAGAGAGUAUAGAGCUGAUCCAAGAUGAAUGUGUGUCAGAGAAUGCAGAUCACUCUACAGAGGAGCCUGCUGAAGGAGGGCCAGAUGCGGAUGGAGAAGAGAUGACUGAUGGGAUAGAGGAGGACUUCGAUGAAGAUGGGGGUCAUGAGCUGGUAGGAACUAAACAUUUGGUGUUCACACACUUUGGUAACAGCACCAGCAUGUCAGCCACUCAUUCAUUCUAA